CGUUGCCUCCCGCCAUGUUCAUAAGCUCGUCCAGGUGUUGGGAGAGAGCCUCCACAUUACUGCUGAGUAUAUCACUCAAGAGGCCAAGGUGGCGUCUCUGACGACCCGAAUGGAGGCCCUGGAGAAAGAGAACUCCGACCUGAAGAAGAACCUGAUUACCUCCAUGGACGAGGCGACCUCUUUGAAGCAGAAGGUCAAAGUGUUAGAUGACGACCUCAGGGUUGAACGCCAGUUGACCCAAGAAAAGGAUGAGCAGCUUCUUUCAGCCAAGGAGAAGCUUGCAACUGUUGCCGCCAGGUCGGUGGAGGCUUUCCAGACCACUGACGAGUACAAUACUGUACUCUUCAGUUGGUAUUUCAAAGGUUUCGAGCUGCUCAGGAGGUACCUCGUCAAGCACCCUUCUGGGGUCAACAUGGAGAGUUUGGAUUUGGAGGAGGUAGAUAAGGAGAUGGCUUUGGACGAGGCUGCUCAGUCCUCUGCCCCAGAUGGUGAUGCUCCAGGUCCUGCCACCGAUGCCCCUGCCGCCGUGGACGCUUCUGCUGAUGCCUGACCCUGUUACUUAGAGAAAAAUUUUUGUUGUAUUUGGUAGAUGCCCUUC